CGGCUUCAUCAACUUGCAGACUCGCAACCCAAGCUCAAAGACCUAAGCAUCUUCGAACAACAAUAGCAACCCUCUAAGACGACUUGAAUCCGAGAAGUUGAGUCUCUGAGAUGGAUAAUAGGCUCGGGCGGAUGCUGGCUGCUGCCAGCGGCAUGGGCGGUAUGAGUGCUGCUGGCCCUGGCCAAGAUACGAACCUCAUUGAUAACUCGGAAACCGUAUAUAUUUCUUCCCUCGCUCUACUCAAGAUGCUUCGUCAUGGUCGCGCUGGUGUUCCGAUGGAAGUAAUGGGGCUCAUGCUUGGAGAGUUUGUUGAUGAUUACACGGUGCGUGUGGUGGACGUAUUCGCUAUGCCUCAAAGCGGUACUGGAGUCAGUGUCGAGGCAGUCGACCCGGUCUUCCAGACGAAGAUGAUGGACAUGCUGAGGCAGACUGGAAGACCUGAAACCGUUGUUGGAUGGUACCACUCGCAUCCCGGUUUUGGCUGCUGGCUUUCGUCCGUCGAUAUCAACACACAGCAAUCUUUUGAGCAGCUUACACCAAGAGCUGUUGCCGUCGUUGUGGAUCCCAUUCAAUCCGUCAAGGGCAAAGUCGUCAUUGAUGCCUUCCGAUUGAUCAACCCGCAGACCCUGAUGAUGGGUCAUGAGCCCCGUCAAACAACCUCGAACUUGGGCCAUCUCAACAAGCCAUCAAUACAAGCUCUCAUCCAUGGGUUGAAUAGACACUAUUAUAGCAUAGGAAUCAACUACAGGAAGACGGCCCUUGAGGAGAAUAUGUUGAUGAAUCUCCACAAACAUGUUUGGACCGAAGCACUUCAGAUGGAUGACUUCAGAAAAGAGGGCGAGCGGAACCAGGAGAAGUUACAGCGCUUGGUUGGAUUGGCAGAAGGAUACGAGAAACGGGUCAAGGAAGAGACCGAAUUAACCAAGGAUCAAUUGAAGACAAGAUAUGUCGGCAAGGUGGACCCAAAGAAGCAUCUUGAAGAUGUUGGUCAACAACUGAUAGAAGACAACAUUGUCUCAGUGUCCCGGCAGAUGAUCGACAAGGAAGCUUCGGUCGCCAGGACAAACGGUGAGGCUAGUGGCGAUCAGCAGGGGGAUAUGGAGGUGGACGAUGCAUUAUAGUUUGAUGGUCACGAGCUUCUUUUUGGUCAUCUAUUUUCAGAAGUGCUGCCAUAAGCAUGUAUCAUACUGGAAUAGGCGCAAGCGAAUCUGAUUUUUAUGUUUUUCCGACGGAAAGGUUGCGUGGCUCGGCAACAACUAGGAUAGAGCAUUUGCCAAAGGCUUCAGUGUUCUUGCAUCCGAGGCCCGUCAAUAGCUUAAAUUUAACCGCUAAACAUCCAGUGUGGUUAAGA